UUAAUGGGAGCUAAUAUCAUAGUUGACCGUAUUGGAUGAUCUUGAAGGAGAAAAACGAAGAAAUGCUCUGCGUCUGCUCCAUAUCUCCGCUCCACGUACCAGCCCUUCACCACAGAGCCUCUCCCACGCCCGAUCUUCUCCACACCUUCAACUCCCCAUUUGAGCUGAAGCAGGUCCACGCCCAUCUCGUCAAAACCAAUUCCCCCCUCUCUUCCCUCCCACUUUCACGGGUAGCCUCUGUUUGCGCGCUCAAUUCGGGUUUCUCUUACGCCAAGUUGAUAUUCGAGCUCCUGGACGCACCGGAGGUCGCCCUGUGGAACACCUGUUUGAGAACUUUCGCCGAGGGAGAUUCCCCUGCCGAUGCUAUUUCGCUUUUCUACCGGUUGCGCCAGUUUGACGUUUGCCCGGAUGAUUAUUCUUGUUCGUUUGUUCUAAAAGCGUGUUCUAGAUUAUUGGAUGUUGGAAAUGGUAGAAUUGUUCAUGGGUAUGUUGAGAAACUUGGGUUGCAAUCGAAUGUGUUCUUGCGGAAUAUGAUUGUGAAUUUGUAUGCGUUGUGUGGCGAAAUGGAAGUUGCCCGGAUGGUGUUUGAUAAAAUGCCGCAGAGAGAUGUGAUAACGUGGAAUAUUAUGAUAGCCCAGUUGAUUAAAAGAGCUGAUGUCGAGGGGGCGUACAACUUGUUCGCUGAAAUGCCUGAGAGGAGUGUGAGGUCGUGGACUUCAAUGAUUGCUGGCUAUGCCCAAUGUGGGAAGCCCAAGGAGGCCAUUGAUCUAUUUCUCGAGAUGGAAGAGGCUGGUUUGUUGCCCAACGAAGUAACAGUGGUGGCUGUCCUUGUAGCUUGUGCUGAUCUGGGCAACUUGGAUUUGGGGAGGAGGAUACACGAUUUUGCAAACCGGAAUGGCUAUGAGAGAAAUGUUCGUGUUUGUAACACUCUGAUUGAUAUGUAUGUGAAAUGUGGGUGCUUGGAGGAUGCUCGUAGGAUCUUCGACAACAUGGAAGGAUGUACAGUCGUUUCAUGGUCGGCUAUGAUUGCAGGACUGGCAGCGCAUGGACAGGCUGAGGAUGCUCUUGUGUUUUUCACUAAAAUGAUAAACACAGGCAUGAAGCCCAAUGCAGUGACUUUCAUUGGUAUCUUGCAUGCAUGCAGCCAUAUGGGUAUGGUAGAGAAAGGCCGUAAAUAUUUUGCUAGCAUGACUAAGGAUUAUGGGAUAGUUCCUAGGAUUGAACACUAUGGUUGUAUGGUUGAUCUUUUCAGCCGAGCAGGGCUGCUGCAAGAGGCUCACGAGUUCAUCAUGAACAUGCCUAUUGAGCCAAAUGGUGUUGUUUGGGGAGCCCUCCUUGGUGGUUGCAAAGUUCACAAGAACUUAAAACUGGCUGAAGAAGCCAUCCGUCACCUCUCCAAAUUGGAUCCAUUAAAUGAUGGAUACUAUGUGGUCCUAUCGAACAUUUAUGCGGAAGCAGGGAGAUGGGAGGAUGUGGCGCGAGUGAGAAAGUUAAUGAGAGAUAGAGGAGUAAAAAAGACACCUGGCUGGAGUUCAAUCGUGGUGGAAGGAAUGGUUCAUAAUUUUGUAGCAGGGGAUGAGACUCAUCCUCAAGCUGAGGAGAUAUUCAAAACAUGGGAGAAGUUGCUCGAGCGAAUGAAGAUCAAAGGAUAUGUGCCCAACACCUCGGUGGUAAUGCUUGACAUGGAAGAGGAUGAGAAGGAAAGGUUUUUGUAUCGACAUAGUGAGAAGUUAGCAGUAGCGUUCGGAUUAAUCAAAACCGCACCUGGAACUGUUAUUAGGAUCAUGAAGAAUCUCCGUGUUUGUGAGGAUUGCCACACUGCUUUGAAGAUCAUAUCGGUUGUUAGUACCAGAGAGAUAGUUGUUCGUGAUAGAAACCGAUUCCAUUGUUUCAAAAACGGUUCGUGUUCUUGUGCUGAUUACUGGUAGUUGUAGUUGAGAUGGAAUGCUGAUUUGUAUAUUUGAGAAACUGAUAAUUUUGAUUCAUCAGUUACAAUCUUUGGUAUUGAAAUAUCCCCACUUUUGAGUUCAAUUGAGCUUGAGCAAGAUAGAAGGAAAUUAGGAAGAUAAUAUUGCAACUGUAAGAACAUGCGGAAACCUGUAUGAAGUUCGAUCUUUUAACUAA